AAACUACAAGUUGAAUAAAAUCAAAGCAUAGAAAAAAUUGCAAACGAUUUACAAAAAAAAAAAGUAGGCAAUCAAUCCUGAAACGUUCGUUCUACUUUCAAAUUUUACUUUAUAAAUUUAAUAUGGACAAAAUAGAUUUGUCAAUGGAUAAAUUGGUAAUUGAUGCUUCACAAGAAGGUGGUAUGUUGCAACCAAUUUUGGCAAAUGAAUCAAAUUACAGUUACACGCCAGAAGAUCGAUCAACAAAACAUGCAACAUUAUUUGAUUUUACAACUGUUGACAAUUUAAAUGAUUGGUAUGAAGUAUCCGAUUCAGUACGAGAAGUUGGUAAAUCGAAAGGUGUUAUGGUUUUACAAAAAACUCGAGUAUUUCAACGUGCCAUAUUUUUCUCUUUAUUAAACCCACAACCAAAUGGAGCUUGUUUUGCUGGUGUCAAAACUGAAACAAUGUUUGAUUUGAGCAAAUUCGAAUCCCUUACAUUGAAUGUUCGUGGACAAGGGUCUGCCUCCAUCUACAAAGUUGUUAUUAAACAUAAAAGUCAAAAUAGUACCACGCCUGAUUAUGAACAAACGUUUGAAGCACCUAUGGAUGAAGAAUUUGUAACAGUUCGUUUAGAUUUAGAUAAAUUUAAACCUUAUUUUCGGGGAAAAUUCGUGAAUGAUACAGAACCAUUGGACAAAAGUCAUAUUACAAGUAUAGGAUUGCAAGUAGCGGGAGGUGUUUAUCUACCGAAUAAGCAAAGUGGAGUCUCAUCAUUGGAAAUCGAUUGGAUGAGAGCAGAUAUUUAAUCUAAUAUUUAUUUUAAAAUUAUUUAG